AUGUCACACACAUCACAUCAACAGCCUUUAAUAGCGAAUAAAGAUGUAGACGACCUGAACUAUAUAAUUCAAAAUAAGAUCAUUGGAACAAUGCAUUCAUUCAAAUCUUUUGACUGCGUCACAAAUGAAGAUGAAGCCACCAACUAUCCAAUUGAAUUUUUAAACUCCUUGGAUGUGCCUGGCUUACCACCGCACAAUUUACGCCUAAAGGUUGGCUCCGUAGUAAUCAUGCUUCGAAACAUAAACCAACCAAAACUGUGA